CGGGCCCCGCAGAGACCAGCCCUCCGCUCCUGCAGAGCCCAGGGCUACGCUGACGGAAGACACUAGGGACCUGCCGAAUUUGGGGUGUCUCAGGAACAUUCCCGCCCCAUAUUCAGCGUGGACGAGGGCACCGCGCUUGGGGGUCGGUGGCCCGCGCGUUUCGGCCGUGCUGUGAGGCAGUCGUGACGUUAUCAAGAGAGGCGUGGGGCGGGGGCACUCGGCGCGGCGGGCUCAUUCUCCGCAGGUGCCACCCGCUCCACCCCUGCAUCCGCCUUCACGUGGGGGCUGCCAUAUUGGCACACUUGAGGCUUCUCCUGGUCUCAGCCGAUUGGCUCAGGGAUGGACACGUGAUCCAAGCUGGGCCAAUCAGGUUCUUCUUGUGCGGAUACUCCCGAUACCAGACAGGUACACAAAAGACUAUCGGGAACGUUGGCUAGCUGAAGUUCCGAUUCACGUGAAGAUACCACGAACACAGAUACUUGUGCACAGUCCCGGGGGUCCUGGGCCGUCCCCCGAGGGCUGCGUUUUGAUCAGCGUCUCCCUGUGAGGACCGACCGCGAGGGAACAGCUUUCCUCAGUCGCAGCUUGCGUUGGAGGGAGGGUGUCUCCAAAGAUGUUAGGCGUACGUAUUCAUGAGCCACAAUCGACUCAAACCUUAAAUGGAAACUUCACAAAUUCUGUCCCCGCUGAUGUGUCCCGGACCAGCUUAGGAAUCGGUAAAAGCCCUGCCCUGAAGAGCCAGACAGUUGGAGCCAGCAGGGACAGAAGGACACCCUGGCACCCUCUCUGGGGCCACAGGCAGCCCCGUGGCGAAGUUUCGGGAGCGUCCCCAGGAGGCUGUCCUGCACCACGAAGCUGCCGCUGGGACGGGGCCCACUGGCGGGCUGACCCCAAGAGCCCGGCGCGGGAAGGGCGGUGUUCGCUGGAACCUAGUUUGAGAAACACUGACGGGGAGACUCGAGUCCAGUGUCCCCAGCUGAACGCCCUCCCGCAUCCUGCCUCCCUCGCUCCAUCACCCUCACGUGCCACCUUUCGCACGUGUGGCCCUGCACUCCGCCUCCAGGAGGCGCGUGGUCAGCACUUGCUUUGUGCCACAUACUCUCAGAGCCCGGACACAAGGCGCAGAGCAAAACGUAACAGGGCCCCCCUGUCCUCCCGUAGACGUGACACAGUCCAGUUGUUGGGAUUUUGCUUUGGCUCCCGAACAGCUGCCCCUUCUUGGGAAAGGAGGUGGCGGUUUUCAGGGCCGCGGUGUGUGAGACGGCCGCUGCUGAGACUUGGCGCGUUCAUGCCGGUUAGCCACCUGCACCGACCCCUGGCCUCUCCUGUGUCACCCGUCACUCGGCCUCCCUGGACGCAUCUUCAUUCUUCACGGGUGUCUCCAGUGGAGGAAAUACAGCUGCUGGCAAUGUCCCUCCAGCAUCGUGGGGGCUCUGGGUCCACGGACGUCCAUCUCUGUCUCCCCUGCACCGUGACCAGAUCUCAGAGCAGCCUGGCUCAAGUUCGGUCGAGGAGAGUGUCUUUGCCAGUGGGUGUGGGGCGUGAGUGUAUGUGUCAUGGGAGCAGAGACUCCCCUGGGUUCCUGGCCCCCCAAGAGGAGGGACAGGGCAUUUCAAACAGUGUUUAUUUUAUUUAAAGCAGGAAAGAAACAUGACAUUUUAUGCAACUCCAGGAUCUUGGAACUACCAUAUUUACAUUACACAAGGAACCAGCAAACAAGGCUGCCUGGGGCUCAUUUGGCUGCAUAUUGGGUAGCACAAGAGCUGUUUGGGCGCAGAAUCCAGGACACCGGGCACCAGCGGGGACAUCAAGUCUGCACCCCGGGCCGCUGUGUUGAGGAGGCAAACACUUCCCCCUUUGCCUGAAGGUUGGGCCACCGUCAGACUGGCUGCUGCUGGCUGUCCCCAUUCUGGGCGGCUGCUGUCUCAGGCUCGGCCUGGCUCCCGCCGUCCGACGGCCUCUCCCAGCUUGCUGGGGACCCCUGUGCACCUUCCCCCUGACAGCACCGCGCCCUCUCUGUGCCGUGUCACACCCUCACCCACCAGCUACGCGUCUGGACAGAAGACACACGAAACCAGCGCCGUGGCAGUUGACGUCCUGUUCCACGUGCACCUGUCUUUCUUCUUCCGUAUUCUGGGCUCCUUGCCUUUAAGUAGGACCCGGCUGACAACAUCGGCACUUACUUACUGACAGACAGGCCUCCUCCGGCCGGAACGUGCCGGCCUCGGGGGAUGCAUGCCGACGUGCAUCCCGGAGCCGCCCAUGGGGUCUGGCGCACAGUAGGCACACAACACAGACUUGCUGGAUGGCUGGAUGACUCCGCGAUCUCUCAAGAUGGUGGGAAGCGCUGUGACCACUUACUGAGCGUGCUGCUGUGUUCCAGCAUCUCGACUGUGGCCGAUGACCCUCGAGCAGUGCAGGUUGAACUGCUUGUGUCCACUUACCCGUGGCUUUUUUACAGUACACACUAAAUGCAUUUUCUCUCCCCUGUGACUUCCUUAAGAACGUUUUCUUUUCUCUGGCUGACUGUGUUGUGAGAAUACAGUAUACAAGGCAUACAGUGUACAAAAUACGGACCAAUCAGCUGCCUAUGGCAUCAGUAAGGCUUCUGGUCAGUGGUAGGCUACUUGUAGUUAAAGUCUGGGGAAUUCAAAGUUCUCUGUGGUCAACCGUGAGGGGUAGGCACCCCUCACCCCUGUGUUGUUCAAGGUCAGCUGUGCUUUGUCACCGUCAUGAGGGGAGACUGUGCUUCUCUGAAACUCUUAUUUAAGCAUUGCCCUGCUCUGCUGUCGGCUGGUCCUGUCACGUACGCACCUCUGUGACCCGGGUCAUGGGAGGCGGCGAGGAAAGAAUGAGGUGCCUCUUCUCAGAAGGUGUUGGCAACAGAAGGGAUGAAAUCCGUGUCCCCUAAAGUUGCAACACAGCAGCAGGAGAAGUGUGGGAAGGGGCCGGGACUCUUGAGGGCCACCCCAGAGAGGGGCAGGAGGCAAGGGCAGUGACUACCCUUGCUGGGAGGCCGCUGCCUGAGGCUCUGACCACCCCCCUGCACAACCAUGCCAGCCACUGACAGGAGGGACGAGGCCCAGGGGCCUUUCCAACGCUUUCCUGGUCCUCUUUCAUUUGAUGUUUAGUGAAACCUUGUUCAUUCUUACUUAAAAGUUACCAAGAUUUUUUUUUUCUUUUCUCACCAUCUUUGAUGACUUCCCUCCAGAUGAAAUUCAUUUCCAAAAGUGCAUUUCUUUUUCAUUCCCCCCUCCCCAUUUGUUUUAUAUCCAAGAAAUAUUCACUCUUUGGCUAGAGUAUAGAGAUUAUUGAGGCAAUGCCAUGGCUUCCAGAAACACAUAUAUUAGCAGGGGGACAACCUGUCUGCAUUAACACACGGUAAAUCCCAUGGAGAUUGCCUUCUCCUUCCUGCCCACUGUAACCCCCUGAGGCCCAUGUAACCCUUGGGUGCAGAUACAUUUGGUGAAGGAGUGAAUAAGAGCUAGUUAGGGGCACAUACCAUAUGCCAAGUGCUACGCCUUGUGGUGCUUGUACUUUAUCGUAUUAGAUUCUCGCAACCACCCCAAGGCAGUAACACCAUGCAACAGGGACUGCCAUGGGAGCACUGACAGGUGACCACGUGGAAGGACAUUUCAAGAAGAGGAGCAGAGAGAAGACAUUUGAGCAAGAACUUGAAGGGUGUGAAAGCAGGAUCUGGGGAAGGGAUGAAAGUCAACCAGAGUCACCAGCAGGGUUAGAUGCCCCAUCAAGUGACUGACACGUUCACCAUGAUAUCAUUUCCUCCCCUCUGUCCCAGGAGGACUUUCAGAUCAUUGAUGGGCUGGACCACCCAGAGAAAGGACCUGAGCUCCUGAGAGUAUAGGGUAGGACUGAAGCAUAUAUGACUAAUUACACUCAAGUUAAGAAUGAGACCUGGGGGCGCCUGGGUGGCUCAGUCAGUUAAGCAUCCAACUUCGGCUUGGGUCAUGAUCCCAU